AUGAGCGACAUCUACGAGUCCGCGGCCAACUCGCUGGGCCUGUUCAGCAGCCCGUGCCUGACCAAAGUGGAGCUGCGCGUGACCUGCAAGGGGAUAUCAGACCGGGACGCCUUGUCCAAACCAGACCCCUGCAUCGCUCUCAAGAUGCAGUCCCACGGACAGUGGCUGGAGGUUGACAGGACUGAGGUCAUUCGUAGCUGUGUAAAUCCGACCUUCUCCAAAGUUUUCAAUCUGGAUUUUUAUUUCGAGGAGGUGCAGCGUCUUCGCUUUGAGCUGUACGACAUCGGGAGCCACAACGGCCUGAAGGAGGCAGAGUUUCUGGGUUCGGUGGAGUGCACGCUGGGCCAGAUUGUUUCUCAGAGGAAACUGUCCAAAGCAUUGCUGCGGCCAGGAGGAAGUGUGGGGAAGGCCAUCAUCACGAUCUCAGCAGAGGAGCUAACAGGGAACGAUGACUACGUAGAGCUCUCCUUCAGUGCCAGGAAACUUGACGACAAGGAUUUCUUCAGUAAAUCCGAUCCCUUCCUUGAGAUCUACAGACUAAAUGAUGACGCCACACUGCAGCUAGUGCACCGGACAGAGACUGUCAUGAAUAAUCUUAAUCCAGUCUGGAAAACAUUCAAGGUUUCUCUCAACUCGCUGUGUAGUGGUGAUCAAGAACGCAAGCUCCAGUGUUUAGUCUGGGACUGGGACUCCAAUGGAAAGCAUGAUUUCAUCGGUGAAUUCGAGGCAACGUUUAAGGAAAUGAGAGGAGCGAUGGAUGGAAGACAGGUCCAGUGGCCGUGCAUCAACCCCAAAUACAAAAUCAAGAAGAAGAAUUACAAGAACUCCGGGAUCGUCAUUCUCAACCAGUGCAAGAUCAUCAAGAUGCAUUCCUUCUUGGAUUACAUUAUGGGAGGCUGUCAGAUCCAGUUUACAGUCGCUAUCGACUUCACCGCCUCCAACGGCGAUCCGCGUAACAGCUGCUCCCUCCAUUACAUCCACCCCUACCAGCCCAACGAGUACCUGAAGGCCUUGGUCGCCGUGGGAGAGAUCUGCCAGGACUAUGACAGCGACAAGAUGUUUCCCGCCUUUGGCUUUGGCGCUCGUAUCCCCCCCAACUACCAGGUUUCCCACGACUUCGCGGUGAAUUUCAACGAAGAGAACCCGGAGUGUGCAGGUAUUCAAGGUGUGGUGGAGGCGUACCAGAACUGCCUCCCCAAGCUGCAGCUCUACGGCCCCACGAACAUCGCCCCCAUCAUCCAGAAGGUGGCUAACUCCGCCUCACUGGAGGUGCACACCAAAGAGGCCAUGCAAUAUUUCAUCCUGCUAAUCCUGACCGACGGGGUCAUCACCGACAUGGCCGACACCCGGGAAGCCAUCGUACAGGCGUCCCACCUGCCCAUGUCUGUCAUCAUUGUGGGUGUUGGGAACGCUGACUUCAGCGACAUGCAGAUGUUGGACGGAGAUGACGGGAUCCUGCGCUCACCUAAAGGGGAGCCCGUCCUUCGAGAUAUUGUCCAAUUUGUCCCCUUCCGAAACUUCAAACAUGCCUCUCCGGCGGCUCUGGCUAAGAGCGUGCUAGCGGAAGUGCCCAACCAGGUGGUUGACUACUACAACAGUAAAGGCAUCAAGCCCAAAGUGACCAGCGAGUACCAGUCUUCCAGGCCGUUUGGCCCCUGA